AUGGAUCCCACCGCGCAGAUCAAGCUAGCGCAAGACGACGUGGACGAGAUCGAGCGCUCCUUCCCUGGCCAGUUAGCUACCACGUAUAUCAAAGCUCGCACAAUGGUUCUCGUUUUGCGCCAUCUCUGGAUGCAGCACGCUCAUGUGAUCGAACGCGGAGGAGCCGAUGAUCUUAAGCAUCUCAGUGAACUCUGGGACCUGUUGGAGCACGUACGGAAGUUGAUCCCGUACAUCGUCGAAAAGGCGAAGACGCGCCCGGCGCUGUGGAACCCGAAGCGCCCAGAACCGAGCGACUUGAUGACCAUACCCGAAACGGUCCAAUUCUACGUGAGGAAGGCGCGCCUGUUUCAGACAUCCGUGCUCCUCGCUUGCAAUGCCCGGUAUCGGGCGGCGUACGACGACGCCUGGUCGCUGAAGUCUCGCGCGAAGAACGACCAUACCCGGCUGCGAUAUGGCCCCGAACGGGGUGACGACACGACCGUCGCCGUCGCGAAAGACGCGAUGGAACGCGCGAGCGUCGACUUCUAUCGACUGACAAAGCUCGAUGCCAAGGCCGUCGCCGCCUUGUUUCCGCAAUCCGAAUCCGAGCACGAAGAUCGUGCUCGAGCCGCGCCCAAGCCCGCGCGGCUCACCCGCGCUGAUCCGUCCCAAUUGUGCGAACGCCUCGCGCCCACGUCACCCGGAGUGGAGGACGACAGCGAUGGCGAAAGCAGCAGCGCGGAGUCGGUAGUCAUCGCGACGACGGUGCUGUCCGCAGACUCACAGGCCGCAUCGGACUGCAUUCACCACGCCAACUAUCUCUGGGACAAUGUAUCUCUCAAGGUCACGUCGAUGAUGUCUCCACGCCCGUCCCUGCAACACCCUGACUACGUCACCACCGUUCCAGAAAUGGCUUCUUCCGCACAUCGCGAGCGGACCAACCUGCCGCAAGACGAGCUGGACGAAGUCAAGCGCUUCUUAUCCGGUCAUAUGGCCACCACGUACUACCACGCCCGCAUCACGGUCCUCGUCGCCCGCAACUGCUGGGUGCAGCACGCCGAGCUGAUCAAGGAGGGAGCGGACGAAGAGCUCGAAUCGCUCUGGAGAAACUUGGGUAAGGCGGGCAGAUGGCUCCUGGACGCGAUCAGGGCCGCGAAGAAGUCGUGGCUGUCGACGGCGCUGGGCGUAUCCCCUCCCGUGCGCGAUGCGCUCCGGGCUUACGUGGGAUUGGCGCGCCGGUUCCGUCAAGAUGUUCUGGACGUUUGCAAUGUAGCCCGCCUGAAAGGGUCGGACGAGGCCGCCAAGUCCUUGCGGGACCGCACGGUCGCCAGCUACUCCGAACUCGCCAACCUGCCCGAGUUGAACGACGAUCAGUCCGGUUCCGGUCUCCUGUCGCCGCUGGGGUCCGAGUCGGGACUGCCUGGUCAGGCUCCGCCCAAGCCUGCGACAGCGGGAGUCGCGCAGGAACUCGAAGAUUCGUCGCCGUUGGCCGAACGUUUCCGACGCGUGGUCAGGGCCGCCGACGACAGCGCCGGGCACGAUGGCUUGACUGGCCUCAUGACGCCGCCCGAUCCGGCCGACCUCGUCGAAAUCUACAAGCUGCAACAAGAACUAGACGCAGGACUUCCCGAGACCGCGGACGAAUCAGAAUUUGGCCCGGACGUGGAUGCUUGGUACCGGUCGUUUAUGAUGGAUUCCGAACCGGUAUCGUCGUCGUGA